AUGACGGAUUCCAAAAGUUCCGAUCAUAACAUGCUUUAUUUCACGGGUGGAUUCCAAGUUACUUCUAUUCAUACCUUUGUCUUGGCAACUUUAUUUGUGACUUCAUUAUGUUGGUGUGAAAGACUUUUGACCUAUUAUUAUGAGAAUUCGGAAUAUGAUAAAAAUCAAGAAAGGAUUAAAGUGUUUGCAACACGGACUCUCGGUUAUGCGGUGUUGACCACCUUGAGAUUUUUUUACAUGUUAUUAAUAAUGUCGAUGAAUUCACAAAUAUUUAUUGUGGUGGUAACUGGGUUGACAACCGGACAAUUAAUAGUAGAAUUCAUACGUUCCAUACCUGUCUACUUUACCCAUCAUCAAAUUCUUGUUCAUUCACCAAGAAUUUCAAUCAAGGAUGAUGAUCUACCACCAGCUAUAUUAGCUGACUCGGAAUCAUUGGACAAACAUUAUGAUUACAGGGAUGAACUUGUGCUUCAACCACAAAGUUUUGUAAUCGAACAUGUGAAUAGUAACGAUUAUCAUGGAAUACCUAACAAUGUAGAAUAA